UGGAACGUGAUGGUGGGAAGUGGGGUCAGCAGCACGUGGGUGUCCCGUGUCGUAGUCACGGCGGUGGCGGUAGCAGUGAUGGCCGUGUCUGCGAUGGUGCUGGGAACACAGUAGACAUGCAGUGCUGGGGGGCUCAGUGAAUGAGUAGUAGCAGAUGUGCUCAGGAAGGAGCGGUGAUGCUUGUCGUGGACAAGAAGAGAAUCGUGUGCAGCUGAUCUUCCUCAAACCAGGACAAAGCUAGUUGCGGGCAAAUUCAUGGCUCAGUCCUCCGGGGUCACCCAGCCCUUGUCUUUGGUGCAAAUGAAGCUGAUAGAGAAGUCUCUUACCAAGGCAGUUUUUAGGAAGGAGACACUUCUGGGGUCCCCAAGGUGUUACUGUCCGUGUGUGCCCGAGAUUAUGGGGGGUGGGCUCUCUCUCCUUGGAGAAAGCUCUCUGGAACUUGAAGACACUGGACUCCAGAGCCCAACAAUCAGGGUUGCAGGGCUGAGAAAAGGUGUUUGAGAAACAGUGUGGAUCUGCUUCACUUUUCCCGUGCCCCACUUCCUGCCCCAGAGGAACCCCUUGGAGACGGCUAGUCACACCCGGCAACCCCAGGGAGCACGCAGCAAGGAGCCCCAGGGGGACCAGUGUGUCCCGGAGCAUGAGAUAUAAGUAGGGCAGAGUCUUGGGGGGCAAGCGAUGAUGAGGAGGGUGCCAUGAGUGUUAUGUCAUCCACACGGUCAGGUAACGGGCAGGGACAGGGCAGCAGGGGUGCGUGUAGUAGAAGCAGAGGACCAGGGGAGGGCGUCGAUCUUUCCUAGGGGAGGUUCGUUAGGGUGAAGGGUGUGGGAGGAGAACUCUGGGCAUGUUAGUGUAGAUCGCCUCCCUCCCCCUCCCCCCAAACCAUUUUUCGGGGACCUUAGGGGACCAUAAAUGCUCUGUGUUGUAAGAGUCUUAGAAAACAUCUGUUCAACACUGUUUUUUGUUUAUUUUAGGGAAGUUGAGGGUAGGUGAGGAGAAGUUGCUCAGCGCAGGGUGCCCUGCCGGUCAGUGACAGAGCAGGUGCUAAAACCAAAUCGCUGAUUCAGGGAAGGCUCUUCUUUCUAUGCUAUAGGACUUCUUGCUUGGGACUUUUGACCUAAUGGUUUUCCUCUCUAAGACCUCCCAGUGCACGUCUCCUGUGGAGAUCAUACUUCAAAAGACAUGGUGAGUCUACCAAGGGAGGCCCCGUCGGGCACCGCGGACCUCAGAUGUCAGGGACUGUUGUCAGAGUGCCCCCGUCUCUGCCAUUUCCCACCUCUCCUUCCAUGGGCACAGUCUAUAAACUCCAGUGGGGCUUCCUCAAAGAGGCCCUGGAAGUCACCUUUAGGGGAUGACUCCAUUCUUCUCCACAGCCCAGCUUUGCUGGUUGUUUCAUCAUCGGAAACUAUAGGAAGGAUAGAGGUAGGAAUUUUCUUGCCUCUCCUACUUGCUGAUGGGGGACUAGAGACAAGAUCCAGAUGCCCAAGUAUCUAGAACCCAAUAUUAUAAGUUAGAGAGGAUUCAACUGGGAUCAGGAGCCUUGGUUUCUAGUUCCAGGCCUGUCAACAGCAGAUUCUAUGAUGUGGGUCCGUCCGCUUCCGCCCUUGGGAGUGCAAUUCCUCUAUUGUGAAGGGACUGGCAUUGGUUAGACCAUGUCAGGUUGCUGCUAGGUGCUGACACUUCGUGUUCUUGGCACCAGGAAGACUUUUCCAAAGAGAGGAAGAUCCUGAAGUACUUCCUAGGUAUCAUGGAUCCGCUCAACCACACGUGGACCCAGAGUUUCAUCCUCACUGGUUUCAGUGUCCCCGGAACCCUGCGACCUCUUGCCUUCUUGGGGACCCUGUGCCUCUAUCUCCUCACACUGUCCGGGAACCUGUUCAUCGUUGUCCUGGUCCAGGUGGAUGCUGGACUGUCCACGCCCAUGUACUUCUUCAUCGGUGUCCUCUCCUUCCUGGAGCUCGGGUACGUCAGCGCCACAGUGCCCACGCUGCUGCACACGUGGCUCCGUGGGCGCUCGGCCAUCUCGGCAGCGGUGUGCUUCAUCCAGCUGUACGUCUUCCACUCCCUGGGCAUGACCGAGUGCCAUCUGCUGGGCGUCAUGGCGCUGGACCGCUACCUGGCCAUCUGCCGCCCGCUCCGCUACCGGGCACUCAUGACCAGAAAGGUCCGGUUCUGGCUGGCAGGGGCCGCUUGGGUGGCUGGCUUCUCAGCGGCACUGGUGCCAGCCAGCCUCACGGCCACCUUGCCCUUCUGUCUGAAAGAGGUGGCCCACUACUUCUGUGACUUGGCACCGCUGAUGCGGUUGGCGUGCGUGGAUGCAGGCUGGCACGCUCGAGUGCACGGGGCGGUGAUUGGUGUGGCCACUGGCUGCAACUUCGUGCUCAUUUGGGGACUCUACGGGGGCAUCCUGAGGGCCGUGCUGAAGCUGCCCUCGGCUGCCAGCCGGGUCAAGGCCUUCUCCACCUGCUCCUCCCACAUGAUCGUGGUGGCCCUCUUUUAUGCCUCCGCCUUCACGGUCUAUGUGGGGCCACCUGGGAACCGCUCUGAGGGCACAGACAAGUGUAUCGCCUUGGUGUAUGCCCUUCUCACUCCUCUCCUCAACCCCAUCGUCUAUACCCUUCGCAACAAGGAAGUGAGGGAGGCCGUGAAGAGGGUCACUGUCAGGGUCAGGACUAUUCUGAAGGGACCCUGACGGGCUGAAUUGGUCACAGCUCAGCUGCUUGGCCGCAGUGGGAACCGGCCCGUUGGUUGGUCAAUCAUCUGGUCAGGGUUGAAGUCCACACCAGUGAACGAAUCCAUCAGAUUAUUUGUCAAACGUGCUGCAGACGCGCACUCGGGGGGACGUACCUGGGUUCAUCAGACGUGAACAUGUAGGGAGAAGGGAGGAGUGUGUUCGAUUCCAUUCCAAUCUAACGGGGGAAAAAUGCCACAGAGGAGAAAGGAAAAAACCAGGGACCCCAUGCAAAUGCUUCUGCUGAACUUCCAACCUGGGGAGACAGAGCAACGCUGAGCAGAUGAAGAUAAUCUAAAGCUAAGGCGGGGGCGGAGGGUUGCCCAGAAGAAAGGGUGGGAGAGUGGAAAACAGGAGCCCAAAGCUAUGGCUCCCAGGUGUGAGCACACGCAGAGCCAGGGGUGGUGGGCUAUUGGGUGGGGGGGGCAGCUCUGUGGGGGGAGAACACCCCCCACCCCGGGAGCAGGAGGCCGGAGGCUGCAUUUUACAGUGUGCUCUGUACUGGGGCAAGAGGGAGAUGGUGACGACGGGGGUGUUGUCUGAGUUCUCGCCCAAUGUCACGGACCAUUCCAGAGAAGGGAUCCGCAGCCGUGCUAAGUAAACAGCAACAGAAACAAAACCCGAGCAGCAAACAAAGAGCUUUGCAAAUCUUGCGUACUAAGCACUCACCUGCGAAGUAGAAAACAGGUUGAAAGAGAAAGUAGGGUCACGUCCUGUGCCUUCCUCCCCUUGGCUCUUCCUCCUGCC